AUGUCCAGCUCAGGGAACCCGUUUGAGGAUCCCUCUGUGACGCAGGCGAUGAGCACCACUGUGACAACUGUGGAAGACUUCAGUACUGAAACCAGCGGAUCCACAACACCUGCAGUAAUCCAGACCACAGACCCACAGGAUGCUGCAGCAGCAGUUCGGUCUGACCUCCUCAGACGGCAGGAGGAACUGGAACGAAAGGCUGCUGAACUGGAAAAAAGAGAAGAAGAGAUUAACAGGACUGAACCAGGGGUGAACAACUGGCCUCCUCUUCCCGCUCUGUGUCCGAUCAAACCUUGUUUUUACCAAAACUUCACUGAAGAAAUUCCCCCAGAAAAUCAGAGGCUCUGCAGAAUGCUGUACUACCUCUGCAUGUUGAACUCGGUGACUCUCUUCCUGAACGUGCUGGCCUGCCUGGCCCUUUUCACCACAGCGCCCUCUCAUGGUCAGGACUUUGGUUUGUCGCUGGUUUGGCUCUUGCUGUUUACACCCUGUUCCUUCCUCUGCUGGUACAGACCAGUGUACAAGGCCUUCAGGACAGACAGCUCGUUCAGCUUCUUCUUCUUCUUCUUCGUCUUCUUGGCUCAAACCGUGAUCUUCGUCAUUCAGAGCGUGGGAAUCCCAGGCUGGGGCAACAGUGGCUGGCUCAUGUCCUUCGCUGUGAUAGGUGAAAACAAAGUGGUGGGUGGGAUAUUGAUCACGGUGGCCAUUUUGUUCUCGCUGUGCUCCGUCCUGUCAAUCAUUCUGUUGAAGAUGGUUCACUCGUCCUAUCGUCGUUCUGGAGCCACUUUUGUAAAAGCUCAACAGGAGUUUUCACAGGGCGUCAUGGCAACAGCAGUUCCUCCAAGCUGA